AUGAGUAAUCCCGACGAGAGAAAACUGAAUUCUGAGGAAGAGAAACAUGAAAGUUCUGACGACAGUGGCUAUCAGUCUGUUCUGGCCGUGCCGGCAUUGAGUCUCGCUGAAAGUUUUAAUGUGGAUGAAACCAUCCGUAAAGAAGCCGCAGUUGCGGCAACACUUAUUGUUGAUGCUGCUAAAGAAGCCGCUGGGAAGAAGGAUCAACCUGUGAGUGGAAAAGGUGGCUUUGAUGGGGCUCCCAAAAAUAAUAUCAAAAUCGGACGACCACGUGUCUUAGUGGAAGCUCUUGCCGGAGCGUCUGGAUCUACAGUCGUCGCUUCCACCAUGGACAAAGAGCCAAUUAAAAUGGCUAGAAAGAAAGGGUCGACGCAAUUGACCAACCCUCCUCAAGGUCCUCCCACAUGUAACAUAUGUGGGAUAGGUUUUGGUUCUUGGAAAGCAGGCUUUGGACACUUAAGCCUGCACAAAGAUCGUGGUUAUCAAGGUUUCCUUCCUCCACCAACAUUUGAUGCGACUGAGGAAGGAUUUGGUGGCACGAUUGCUGCUUCUUCCGGUCGUGGAGGGUCUAGUUCAGGCACUAGAGGGUUGGAGAUUGAUCUGAAUGUUGAUCCAAUAGAGGAGGACGAAGGAGGGAGUGCAUCUGGUGUUACUCCAAAGUUUGAUCUCAACAGGUCACCACCAGAAGAAGACGGUUAA